AUGGCAUCCACAAGCACAGAUACACCCACAGAUGCUGUUACAGUCUACGUCGACGAAAAGGUCGGCUCAGACGAUGCCGGCGAUGGUUCGAUCCAGAAACCAUAUCAGAGUGCUGCCCAAGCCAUCGUCAACCACGGGCCUUCGCCACCGCUGGUGAUCCUGACGAGGAAAUCAGAAGAGGAGGAGUGGGUAGCUAUCGGCAUCUCCGCCCUCAAAAAGGCUCGCAAGGGCGCAGAGGGAAUCGAGAAGAAGCGACAGAAGGCAUUGGCGGCGGAGGCAAAAGCUGCAGAGAAAGCCGCAGCUCAAGAAAAGGCUAAGGAUGUUGUACUUGAAGAGGAUCUUUCCCUUCCUCAGGCAGUCAAGACAAAGAUCAAAUAUCUGGAGAAAUACCGCGGACAACGAGUUAGAAUCUCCGGCUGGGUUCACCGUCUGCGCUCACAGGGCAAGAUGAUAUUCGUCGUCCUGCGAGACGGAACCGGGUUCCUUCAAGUGAUUAUCGGCGGAAAGUUGUCUCAAGUUCACGAUGCUUCGCUCUUGACCAACGAGGCAACCAUUGAGGUGGUCGGUAACCUGCAAGAAGUCCCCGCGGAAAAGUCUGCGCCAGGUGGCCAUGAAGUCGUCGCGGAUUACUGGAAAGUGAUCGGCCAUGCACCUCUCGGAGAUGACUCGUAUCUCUCUCGGUUCAAUGAAGAGACCGGCCCGAGUAUCCUUGCUGACCUUCGUCACCUCGUCCUCCGUGGAGAGACUCAAUCAGCCGUUCUCAAGCUCCGAACAGCUCUUCUGUCUUCCUUCCGGCACGCAUUGGAUGCACUCGACUUGAAAGAGGUCACACCGCCGUGUAUCGUACAGACUCAAGUCGAGGGUGGCGCUACCCUCUUUGGAUUCAAGUAUUACGAGGAAGAGGCAUAUCUCACUCAAAGCAGUCAACUCUACCUCGAGACGGUUCUCCCAGCUCUUGGAGACGUCUAUUGUGUCCAGGAGAGCUUCCGUGCCGAAAAGUCACAGACAAGGCGACAUCUCAGCGAGUUUACGCACUUGGAAGCCGAGUUGGCAUUUAUCACCUUUGACGAUCUGAUGACUCAUAUCGAGAACGCGAUUUGCGAUACCAUUGAUCAUCUUCUUGCGACGCCUGGGGUCUCCGAAUUGAUGAAGGUGCUCAACCCCGACUUUAAGCCACCUUCCCGUCCAUUCCUUCGCAUGUCCUACGCCGACGCCAUUCAGUGGCUCGUGGACCACAAGAUUCAGCACGUCACCGAAGAGACGGAAGACCUUCCGGAUGCCGAAAAGGUCUAUGUCGAUCACGUGCUGGGCGAUGAUAUCGCCGAAGCAGCGGAACGUAAGAUGACAGACGAGAUUGGGCGACCCAUUUUCCUCUACGGAUUCCCCAGCCAUCUCAAGGCGUUUUAUAUGCAGAAGAUGAAAGGUCCUGCUGGAGAGGGACCCAAUGGAAUGGUGUUCACCGAGAGUUGUGACCUGCUCAUGCCUGGUGUCGGAGAGGUUGUCGGCGGAUCCAUGAGGAUUCACGAUGCGGAUGAGUUGCUCGCUGCGUUUAAGAAACAAGGUAUCCCGGCUGAGCCAUAUUAUUGGUAUGUGGACCAACGAAGAUAUGGUACCUGUGAACACGGUGGUUAUGGUUUGGGUGUAGAGCGUUUCCUUGCAUGGAUCGGUAACCGGUACACUGUCAGGGAGUGUCAAUUGUACGGUCGUUGGCCAGGUCGCGCGACCCCAUAG